AUGUCUUCAAAUCACAAAAUAUCAAUAAAUGAUCGACAACAUGAAUUAAAUAAUAUGUUCAAUGUUUUACCUAUUUUUACAUCACUUAAUCAAUAUCAAUUCUAUCAUAUAAAUGGUUCAACAUCGACUAUGCUAUUACAUAGUCUUAUUGCAUUUGGUAAAAAAACAACAAGAUAUACUAUUGAUACCGAAGGUGAUUAUUUAACACAUCAACCUGCACUUAUUCAAAUAGAAUUUAUCCAGCAUGAAUCUAUUAUAUUAUUAAUCGGAAUAAAUUAUUUACCGCAUAAAUCAUCAGUAUCAUUUUGA